GCCUGUACUCCUCCGUCCGAUCGCGAUGAAGCUGCUGUUGACCGUGCUGACCCUGAGCGCUGCCGGCGCGCUGGCCAUGCCGGACGAGCCGGCCGCAUCGGUCCCCAAAAAACUGCCGGCCAGCAUCAUCGAGAUCUUCAAGAACAGGUUCGGCAGCGGCCAGCCCGGAAAGCCGGCUCAGCGAGAGGAGGUCUCAUACACACUGAUCCAGAAGAACGACAAGUUUGAGGAGCGCACGUACCCCGCCUGGAACUGGGUCUGCAUCGACGUGGAGCUGGGGCCCGGCGGGACCGACCACACCAUGGACUUCCUGGAGAUCGCCACCUACAUGCAGGGCCAGAACGCGGCCGGCGCCCACAUGGCGCUGACCAUCCCUGUGAUGAUGCAGCGGCGCGCCGACGGCGGCGGCGUCAUGUGCGCGCCCCUCCCCGCCUCGCACCAGGCGACGGUGCCGGCGCCCCAGUCGGACCGGCUGCGGCUGGUGGCCGUGCCGCCGACGGACGUGUUCGUGCGCCGGUUCGGCGGCUCGCCGCGCCCCGCCGAGUGGAAGGAGCAGGCGGAGAUUCUGCGCGGCCACCUGGCCGAGGCGGGCCACGACGUCAGGCCGGCCGUCAUCAAGGCCAUGUUCUCCGACCCCCUGCAGCGCCUGAACCGCCGCAACGAGGUCUGGCUCAUCAAGGCCUGAGCGCCGCCGGCGACGUCACGCCGCGGUGCGAAGGCACUGGUGACGUCCUGCCUCGGCGCGGACGGUGUUUGCCACAGAACAUCGCGGCGCAUACGGCACCAGUGACCUCAGAUCGCGGCACAGACGGCACCUGUGACCUCAGAUCGCGGCACAGACGGCACCUGUGACCUCAGAUCGCGGCACAGACGGCACCUGUGACCUCAGAUCGCGGCACAGACGGCACCUGUGACCUCAGAUCGCGCACAGACGGCCCCUGUGACCUCAGAUCGCGGCACAGACGGCAGAUGUGACCUCAGAUCGCGGCACAGACGGCACCUGUGACCUCAGAUCGCGGCACAGACGGCAGCUGUGAC